AUGAACUCCAUAGGGACAUGUAGCAAGGUCAUCGAUUCUUUGUCCUGCUUCAUAUCAAUUUCAGCAGUUGCGUGCUUCGCCUUGGAUAUUUACGAUAGGAUGAGGCCAUUUAGCGAGGUCUCGAUUGAAGAAAAAUUGAAGAUUCUUCGCGUGCUCGUUUUGAAUGAUAAACAAUCUGUUUUGGGAAGCGUUUAUUUGCCCUUUUUGUGUAAAGGUUCCGAAAAGCUAGCCGAAAAUAUUCGGACACAUUACAUUUCAGCUGGAGUUUGCAGCUCUUUUAUGAAAAAUCACAUUGCCCGAGUGAGGAAUUUUCUCGCCACGAUCUCACUAGCCGAAAUAGACAAUACGAUUUUAUCUUUUCUCCUAAAAAGAGCAACCUAUAAUGCCCAGGCUGUGACCUCAAUAUUGAUUCCUGCCAUGGAAUUCAUUCCAUCCAUCUUGUUGACUCCACAAGUGAUGGAAGUUGUCUUGAAGCAAGCCCUUUUAGUUACCCCGCCACAUUCUUCCCAUGCGGAGGGUUUGAGUAGGUUAUUAAUUGAAAGCGAAAAAGCUCUUCGCGAGUCGUCCACAGUCCUUUCGAAAACAGUGGCUCUUCAGAAUCUUUCGCAGUUGCAAAGCAGCGGAAAGUUUCGACGUAUCAUCGAGCUUGCGGGCGAGUAUUUUCAUAACUGGUAUGGUCUUGCUCUUUUAGGCGACUACUAUUUGCUCUACAAGAAACCCAGUGCUCCUAUUCGGAUUCCUCCUGAUGAGAGAUUCUGUUCACGGCUGACCCGGCUUACAAUCAACGCUCUUUUACAUGUAGAGGACGUGAAGGGAAUGAAAGACUUCCUACUCGAGCUUGGACAGCAUCUGUUGCCGGAUACCAUUGCCAGCGCUCCGCUUGAAAACCUGCGAAGCGUUGCUCCCUAUGUUCGUAUUGGCGCUGUGAAGGAGCCUCAUAAAUUUGAUAAUCACCAAUUAGGGGUAUCCAAUACACAUCGGUACCAUGAUCUUAUGCUUGGCGAAUCGCCAAUUUCCCUGAUCCAUCUUCUUGAUGCUAGUCGAACCCUAGAGUUGCUUUGUGACAGUCCCAUUCAUCGACAAUCGCUUAUACGAGCUCUGCUAUAUCAAGCCGUUCCACGCUCCAUGGUGGGCAUCAAACUACCCUUUAUAAAGCUUUUGAAUCUUUUAAGAUCGGUCGACCCGGAGCUAAAAACACAAUGGCUUGGAGGUGGAGGCGGAAAAAAUUUGUACAUCACACAGUUUCAGAAACAUCUGAACUUUAUUGGCGAUUUUGAUGCUGCUGAGCUUUUAAAUUACUAUGGAAGUGAGGAAUGGCAAAGUGUAGUCCUGACCGGCAACGAUCAUCACCACCACCAUCCAACUGGCAAUGGUCCUUCAUUCGGACCAACGAGGCGGACUAGACACAAUGUAGCCGAGAAAGACAUUUUGCUUGCGCUGGGAUUGCCUGCAAAGAGCGUACAGAGGCUUUCUACUAAUGGAGGACCAGAAAGCCCGCCUCCGUUGCUUUGGGAUCUACUUUUUUCCUGCUUUACUAAAGUAUUCAUGAUCCGAACGGGGCUCCAUGCACCCAUGUCUCGCUUCUAUGCUGACUUUAGAGAGCUGAUUUCAAUUGAAACGCUGCACUUUCACUCGGUGGCCGUUCUUCUUUGCUCCCAUCUCCUUCUUCUGAGGAUGAACGAGGUUUUUGAGAUUAGCAAGAAAUGGCUGCACGGCUAUAAUGGCCUCAAGCGAAAAGAUUUGCAAAAAGGGAAGCACGGAGACAGCAGCAAUAUCAAAGUAUACCACAAGCGAUUUCUUUCCGAUCUGGAGAUUCUUGAAGAAUUACAAUCGCUCUUGCCUAUUUGGAGCCAGUUUAUAAGAGACUUUGAAAAGAGGACAUGUGGAAGACCUUUCCCGACAAACGAGGAAAACUCGCUUAUUAUUUUAGAUUUACUAUCAGCCAUGAACGUCCCUGUAAAGAAAGAAAUCAUUCAAGCGUUAACUGAUGAUUUUCUUAUCAAAUGUCCUACAAUCCAAGACGUUAGGAAGACAGCCAAGGAUCUUCACAUCCGCCUGAACGGAGAUCAGGGCACAGAGGUAGAUUCGGAAAUCAGAAGACUGCUUUGUCUGGUUCUGGCAAUCCCUCCGGAGAUUGCCCAUUUUAGACAUCGCUUUUACCAUUAUUUAUUUGAGCGUAAAAAAGGCUUUUUGGACAAUAAAAGCAAUUAA